GUGGCGGCGCGGAGGGCGGGGGCCACGCCGGGAAGGGGCGCCUGGCCGUCCCGGGGGCGUCGCCGCCGUUCGGCCGUUGGCUUUGACGCGGCGCGGAGGGGCCGGCGCCCUGCUCGCCCUUCGCGCUGCGGGCUCGCCUGUGGGAGCGCCUGGGCAGUGGGUCUGCGGGCUGGUGGCGGGCUUCGGGCGUCCGUGUGCAAAAGGAGGGUCCGGGCCGGACGCUGGGUCCGCCUGCUGCUCGCCGAGGCCCGGCCCGUGGCUCGCAGCGCCGACGGCUCCGGGAUUCGCGCACAGAAGCAGGCGGACACCGGUGUCCGAAUCCUGCCCGUCUGCUCCCGUGUUUUAAAAGACGACAGCUUCUGCCGAGAGAGAAAGGCCGAUCUGCCCCCGGAUGGAACCCAGAAAGAUUGUGCAAUGAAUGGUGAUACUCGAGCUGCAGUGGUGACCUCACCACCCCCAACCACAGCCCCUCACAAAGAGAGGUAUUUCGACAGGGUGGAUGAGAACAAUCCCGAGUACUUGCGGGAGAGGAACAUGGCACCAGACCUUCGCCAGGACUUCAAUAUGAUGGAACAGAAGAAGAGAGUGUCCAUGAUUCUGCAAAGUCCCGCUUUCUGUGAAGAGUUGGAAUCAAUGAUACAGGAACAGUUCAAAAAGGGGAAGAACCCCACAGGCCUGUUGGCGCUGCAGCAGAUAGCGGAUUUUAUGACGACAAACGUGCCGAAUGUGUACCCAGCAGCUCCGCAAGGAGGGAUGGCUGCCUUGAACAUGAGUCUUGGUAUGGUGACUCCUGUGAAUGACCUCAGAGGGUCUGAUUCCAUUGCCUAUGACAAAGGGGAGAAGCUGCUGCGGUGUAAGCUGGCAGCGCUGUACCGACUGGCGGAUCUCUUUGGGUGGUCUCACCUGAUCUAUAAUCACAUCACGACCAGGGUGAGCUCCGAGCAGGAGCACUUCCUCAUUGUUCCUUUUGGACUUCUCUACAGCGAAGUGACCGCGUCCAGCUUGGUUAAGAUCAAUCUACAAGGAGACGUGGUGGAUCGUGGGAGUACUAACCUGGGAGUAAAUCAAGCCGGCUUCACCUUACACUCUGCGGUCUAUGCUGCUCGGCCGGACGUCAAGUGCGUCGUGCACAUUCACACACCAGCAGGGGCUGCGGUCUCUGCCAUGAAAUGUGGCCUCUUGCCCAUCUCCCCAGAGGCGCUUUCCCUUGGAGAAGUGGCUUAUCAUGAUUAUCACGGGAUUCUGGUUGAUGAGGAAGAAAAAGUUUUAAUUCAGAAAAAUUUGGGGCCUAAAAGCAAGGUGCUCAUUCUGCGGAACCACGGGCUCGUGUCCGUUGGAGGGAGCGUUGAGGAAGCUUUCUACUACAUCCACAACCUUGUCGUCGCCUGCGAGAUCCAGGUUCGAACUCUGGCCAGUGCAGGAGGGCCGGACAAUUUAGUCCUCCUGGAUCCUGGGAAGUACAAAGCCAAGUCUCGUCCCCCCACGUCUCCGGCUGGGGAGGGCAGCGGAUCACCUCCCACGUGGCAGAUUGGAGAGCAGGAGUUUGAAGCCCUCAUGCGGAUGCUCGAUAAUCUGGGCUACAGAACUGGCUACCCUUAUCGAUACCCUGCUCUGAGAGAGAAAGCUAAAAAGUACAGCGAUGUGGAGGUUCCCGCUAGUGUCCCGGGUUACUCCGUCGCUAGUGACGGUGAUUCGGGCACUGGCUCCCCUCUCAGACACAGUUUUCAGAAGCAGCAGCGGGAGAAGACAAGAUGGCUGAACUCUGGCCGGGGUGACGACGCUUCUGAGGAAGGGCAGGCGGGAAGCAGCCCCAAGUCGAAGACUAAGGUAUUUCAGUCACCGUGUACGUGGGGAGACUUUGUUCAGCUUUCAAAUUGUUUUUUGCUAUUCUGGAGUAAUACAAAUUGCGUGCAGUGUUCCCAGUGGACUAAAGAGGAUGGGCAUAGAGCUUCCGCCUCUGCCGUCCCCAACCUGUUUGUCCCGUUGAACACGAACCCAAAAGAGGUGCAGGAGAUGCGGAACAAGAUUCGAGAGCAGAACCUACAGGACAUCAAGACGGCGGGCCCCCAGUCCCAGGUUUUGUGUGGUGUGGUGAUGGACAGGAGCCUGGUUCAGGACGUGCCCCUCUCUGACUGUACGGAAACAAUCGAAGGGCUCGAGCGUACAGAGCAGACCUUUAGUCCCGCUAAGUCUCUCUCUUUUAGAAAGGGGGAGCUGGUGACGGCCUCCAAGGCCAUCAUUGAGAAGGAGUACCAGCCCCACGUCAUCGUGAGCACCACGGGCCCCAACCCCUUCAACACGCUCACCGACCGCGAGCUGGAGGAGUACCGCAGGGAGGUGGAGCGGAAGCAGAAGGGCCCUGAAGAGACCCUGGACGAGAGGAGCGACCAGAAGGAAGACAGUCCUCCCGAGCCCCCUGCCGCCCCCCACACUCCCCCCAGCACCCCCGUCAAGCUGGAGGAAGACCUGCCGCAGGAGCCGCUUUCUGGAGACGACAGUGAGGCCGCCACCCUCAGGCCGACUCUCCCUGACCUGCCCCCUGAUGAGCCUUCAGAAGUGCUUGGCUUCCCGACGUUGGAGGAGGAGGAGGAGGAGGAGGAGGUGGGGGCGCUUUGCGAAGCCGGGCGCCCCCCAAGCCCCGCCAGGCCCGCCGCGGAGGCCAGCCCCGAGCCGGCCGCAGCCCAGGCGGCGGAGGAGCCUGCCUCCCCGGCCGCCGAGGAGGGGGCCGCUGCGGACCCCGGCAGCGACGGGUCUCCGGGCAAGUCCCCGUCCAAAAAGAAGAAGAAAUUCCGCACCCCCUCCUUCCUGAAGAAGAGCAAGAAGAGGAGCGACUCCUGAAGGCCCGUCCCGCACACACCGACGCCGCCAGACUGUCCCCGACCGAGUCUCGUGUCUGCCCUCCCGUGUAACGGAAUGCAAAAGCCCGCCCCUCGUGUAGCUAGCGCUCCCCUCACGCGUGACCGUGCCCGGAUCCCCACCUAGACCGGUGCUAACCUCGUGCGCGCGGCAGCCCGGCCCGGCCCGGCCCGCAGCCUCGGGCUCUGCGCCCAGCUCCGAGUCCUGCCCUGCAGGGACCAGCACCUCAGCCCACCGCCUGAGCUCCCCGCGGGGCGGUAGGUAAGUCAUGGUUCUGGCUGGGUCCCCCCUCCCCUGCUCCCUCUCCUGUGAAGUGGCCCGCACCCCAGCCUUGCCAGGUUCCCUUCCCCCAGGGUCUCAGGUGACCGACCCGGUCACCCCGGAGCUUCCUGCUGGCAUCACCUGCCCAGUGACCUCCCUUUGAGACACGGAGCCGUGAUCCUGCUGGAUCACGGCCCAGGCCACCGUGGCCUUUGAGGGGCGGGUGUGGCUCGAGCCGGCGACCGCCGUGGCGGACCCACCCACGGUGCGUGGCGCGCACCCACCGCAGUCUGCACGUGCCUCGGCGCGUCCCCUGCAGCAGCGGCGGGGAGCCAGACCCGGGGCUCUGUUCCGUACACCCUGGGGUCUCUUGGUCCGUGUCCUGGGUAAGGCGUGUCAGGAGGAGGAAGGUCCUCUCAGUAGGUUUGCAGCCCCCCUGCAGCCUCGUGUCCCCUCCUGGGCCCGCCGGCGAGCUGCAGCGCCCUGGCAGUCCUGGGGGAGGUUUCCGAACGGAGGGGGCCUGCCUUCGCCUCAGCUCAGCCCAGAGGCUGUGCUCGCUUUGGGGGAAGGGCGCGGAGGCAGGAGGUGGGAGUUGGUCUGGAGCCCCCUCAGAUCCUUGGCAAACAGCACGAGGCUGCUGAGUGGGGCCCCGUGGGUGGCCAGCACCUGCUGGACAGUGACCCGUCCCAGGCACUUCAGCGCCAGCCCCAGGCAAGCCUCCGGAGUGGGGAGGGGCCCUCGGUGGACCUGGCGCCACACACUGGACCCCCAGGCAGGACCUGAGGCCGGCUGCAUGGCACUGACCUCUGCUCGAAGCUUACUGGUGAGCGAGCCGCUUCUCUGCUGUGUGCGGUCCUGUGGCCCAGGUGGGGGCAGCGUCCCCCCCCCACACCCUGUAUUGAGUGAACCGCAGGCUCUUUCUCUUACCCUUUCCUCUGACCCCAUGUAUGCAAUGACUGUAAUCUCCGUUUUGUAGUUUAACUUUGUAUUACAACACGAAGUGUAGCUGCGUGUGUGGACACAGGCUUGGGAGGACAGGCCUUAUGGCCUUUCCUCACUGUAACAUUUUACUCACAAUAAAAUUCUUUACGCAGUU